ACACACAAGAGAGAGAGAGAUACAAAGAAACAAACUUUAGGGGAGAGAGAGAGAGAGGAAUAGCAGAAAUGGCAAAGCAAGAAUCAAACUGUGUAGGAAGCUCAGUCGUCUCUGACCUCAUCAACUUCCUCAACGCUUGUCCCACUGCUUUUCACGCCGUCGACGAGGCGAAGAAGCGUCUGCAAACCGCGGGGUACGAGCAGGUUUUGGAGAGAGAGGAUUGGAAAUUGGAGGCUGGUAAAAAGUACUACUUCACCAGGAACUACUCCACCAUUGUGGCUUUUGCAAUCGGUAAAAAAUUUGUUGCCGGAAAUGGAUUCCAUAUAGUUGGUGCUCAUACUGAUAGUCCUUGUCUCAAAUUGAAGCCUGUUUCCAAGGUAGCUAAGGGUGGGUACUUGGAAGUGGGAGUCCAAACAUAUGGAGGUGGCUUGUGGCAUACCUGGUUCGACCGUGACUUGACAAUUGCAGGAAGGGUGAUAGUAAGAGAAGAGAAAGAUGGUGUUGUUUCUUACUCACAUAGACUUGUCCGGAUUGAGGAGCCCAUCAUGCGGAUUCCUACUCUGGCAAUUCACCUGGACAGGGAUGUUAGAGAGGCGUUUAAGGUGAAUGCACAGAGUCACCUUCUUCCUGUCUUGGCAACAGCAGUCAAGGCAGAGCUCAAUAAAGUAGUUGCAGAAAGUGGCCAAUCUAAGGAGACAACCUCAAUUAACUCAAAGCAUCACUCGCUUCUGUUACAGCUGCUUGCAGAUAAGCUUGGGUGUGAACCAGAACAUAUAAGUGAUUUUGAAUUGCAAGCAUGUGAUACUCAACCAAGUCUAGUAGCCGGUGCAGCAAAAGAAUUUAUUUUCUCAGGAAGGCUUGAUAAUCUCUGCAUGUCAUUUUGUUCCCUAAAGGCAUUGAUAGACGCAACAGCUCCUGAAAGCAACCUUGAGGAUGAGACUGGUGUUAGAAUGGUGGCUUUGUUUGAUCACGAGGAGGUUGGAUCUGACUCCGCCCAAGGGGCUGGGUCUCCAGCCAUGUUGAAUACUCUUUCACGAAUUACACAUUCCUUUACCACAGAUUCUAAGCUGCUUGAGAAAGCAAUACAGAGAAGCUUUCUUGUAUCUGCUGACAUGGCCCAUGCCUUGCAUCCUAAUUAUAUGGAUAAACAUGAAGACAAUCAUCAGCCCAAGUUGCAUGGGGGACUUGUGAUCAAACACAAUGCAAAUCAACGUUAUGCAACCAAUGCUGUCACUUCCUUAAUAUUCAGGGAGAUAGCAAGGAAUCACAGCCUUCCUGUCCAGGAUUUUGUGGUUCGUAAUGACAUGGCCUGUGGUUCAACCAUCGGUCCCAUUCUUGCAAGUGGAGUGGGGAUACGUACAGUAGACGUAGGUGCACCGCAGUUGUCAAUGCACAGCAUACGGGAAAUGUGUGCUGUUGAUGAUGUGAAGCAUUCAUAUGAGCAUUUCAAGGCCUAUUACCAAGAGUUCACUCAUCUGGAUGCAAAGAUUAAAGUAGAUGCGUAGGUAUCUGAUCCUCAUCUUCCGAAGUUUCGUUGGAGUCGGGUGCUCUUGUGAGGUCUAUGCUCUCGAGAUAACCGUGGAAACAUAGUAAUUGCCUGUAAUAAGCACCCAUGAGUGGGUAAAAAUGCAAUGCUGAAUUGAUUGGCAAAGAUUAAAGUGAAUGUACAAUGAAUCGAGUAGGAUAGUUCUGGUUGCACUCAGAGUUUUUACUUUUUA